CUUCACCGAAACAGAGAGCAAAGUUAGUCAGCAAGUUGCUUCUGCAUUCUGAUUCUUCGAGUCCUCUUUUUUUGUAGGCAAGUGUGGGACAAUGCUGUUCACUGUGUUCCAGCCGAAUGGCGCGCUGAAGAAAACAAUGAAAGGAGCGGACAAAGCGAUUGUGGCAAAGUCCUUUGGAAAAUGGGAAAGCGGCUCUCUAAGGUCCAGGACCGUGGAGAAGCCGGAUGAGCCGUCCGAAGAGAACGAGGACGAGAAGCCGUCCAGGAGCACCUGCGAGGACCCUCAAGUCGGCGAGAAAACAGCAGAUAAAAGAGGUGCUCAGUUUACGAAAGUCUACGAUGUUUUGUGGUUACGAACGACACGGAAUGAACAAGUUUGCAGAGUGCAAGCCAAACACGGGACUAAUGGGAAUGAAGCAUAUGAUCCGCUCGUGAGAGACCAGACAAGUGUCGAGAAGGCUGGACAGCGUAAAGCUGGCAUCUUCCCCAAAACAGCGCCCUCAAAACAACAGUCAAAGAUGGAUUCUGAAGGCGAGGAACAGACUGUAAAAACGUGCAACACAGAUCUAUCCAAUCAAGAUUUCAUUGUUGAGACUAACAGCCCAUACGGGUCGUCGGUUCGAAAGAGAAGCGCCCAGGACGGGGCGCAGGGGGCCCCUAUCAACAAGCGGAAGUCCCUGCUGAUGAAGCCGCGCCACUACAGCCCCAGCGAGGCCCGCGACGAGUACGGUGGCGAGGAUCCGUUGCCGCGGCGGGACAAAGACGUGGCGAGAAGUGCCGACAGUCCAGCAGAUGGCAACGUGAGUCCAGUCAAUGGUGUACUACAGAGAAACGGCCACUCUAACGAUUCCCUGGGCUGGACCCCCGAAGACUCACCGCGAUGCGAGGUUAGCACACCAGAAAUGUAUGAAGAAGACGAAGAGGAAGUAGACGAAGACCAAAGUCAGGACAGGCUAAGUGGCGCAUCGUCGCCGCAGAGCCCAAGCAAGCUCAGUUGGCCCUUUGGCACACAAAUGAACGGCUUGAGCCCCUCCAGAACCUGUGAAGACCCUUCACCCGUGAGGGAAGAUGCUCACCCUGAGCUGAGCAGAGGAGGCCUUUUCCAGAGAUACAGACUGAAAGAGGAGGAGAAUGUGGAGGAUGAGGAGGAGGGGUACAGCGACCCCGAUGUGGAUAGGCCUCCCCGGCUGGAGGGCUGGGCACUGGACCGCCUCCACCAGAGAGGUCUUGAAGUAGGACCCGGCAGAGUGAACCUGAGCCUGUUAGAGCAAGCCAUUGCUCUGCAGACAGAGCAAAGGCAGGUGCUGCAUCAUGCCUACCGUGAGAUGGAUCGCUUCCUCAUGGAGCAGAUGACCAAUGAGAGGAGACAUCAGCGUAUGAUGGACAUGGACAACAGGCUUAGCUACCACACAGGCAAAGACUCACCGCGGACUGACAAGAGGGACAUCAAGUGUCCCACGCCGGGCUGCGAUGGCACGGGUCACGUGACGGGCUUGUACCCCCAUCACAGGAGUUUGUCCGGAUGUCCUCAUAAAGUGCGAGUUCCUCCAGAGAUCUUGGCCAUGCACGAGAACGUCCUCAAGUGUCCUACUCCCGGGUGCACAGGAAGAGGCCACGUCAACAGCAACCGUAGCACCCACCGGAGUCUGUCGGGCUGCCCCAUCGCCGCUGCUGUGAAAAUCUCCAAACCUCAGGACGAGAGCCUGAAAAGCAGACAAACGCCCGAUCGCUCACCGAGGGUCAUGGGCCUGGUCAAGAAGUUUGACUUGAGUCAGCUCAGUUACCGCCUCGCCCACCCGAUGGCCGCCCUGCAGAGCAGCCUGGGAAAGGACAUGGACAAGUACAGCAGAAUCCGCUUCGACUACGCCAGCUUUGACGCGCAAGUCUUCGGAAAGCAGCCACUCAACGGCAGUAAUCAUGACGCCGAAGUCUCGCACUAUCCUGAAUCACCUCAGCAGUAUCAUCCUGGCAUCCUGGUGGCUCCAGGUGGCCACUUGCCCACCUCCGGUCAGCUCAGCCCACCGCCGAGUCACUUGAAGCAAGAAGACGGCAGCCCCCAAAGUGCCGCCACGGCAGCCAUCCUCAACCUGUCCACUCGGUAUCGGGAGAGUGGCGAGCCGGCAGCCGCGCGGCCCCUGGCAACCUCUACAAAGGACAUGCACAUAGAGGUGGAUGAAAAUGGCACAUUGGAUUUGAGCAUGAAGAAAAGUAAAGACAGCGCCCAUGCCAAAGCGCCUUCAGAUGACCAAGCGCAUACCGAGUCACUCGUGGGGGCGGCGGCCAAAGGCUGUGGUACCGUGCGGAUGAGCCCCGCCUUCUACCAUCCACUGUGCGACAGGGAUAGCUGGGACGGCCACAUCCCCGUUAACUUCAGCCAAGCACAUGUUAUACAUGACAAUGAGCAGGAGGAGUUUGAUCAUGUUAGCAUGGAGGAGCAGCACUACCAAGGCGAGGCUGGCAUGAUGAAGGCCAAGAUGCUACUACGAGAGUCCAAGAAAGAGCUUUUGAGCUGUCCGACCCCAGGCUGUGACGGAAGCGGACACGUGACGGGGAAUUAUGCUUCGCAUCGCAGUGUGUCUGGAUGUCCCCUGGCUGACAAGACCCUUAAGUCACUGAUGGCAGCCAACUCUCAGGAACUCAAGUGCCCAACACCUGGUUGCGAUGGAUCCGGACACGUGACGGGAAACUACGCGUCGCACAGAAGCCUUUCAGGAUGUCCACGUGCCAGAAAAGGAGGUUUGAAGCUCACCCCGAGCAAAGAGGACAAAGAUGAGCAAGAGCUUAAGUGUCCUGUGUUUGGAUGUGAGGGACAGGGCCACGUAUCGGGAAAGUACACAUCUCACCGCAGCGCUAGUAGUUGCCCGCUGGCUGCCAGGAGACAAAAGGAGGCUUCCCUCAACGGGCUGCCCUUCACCUGGAAGAACAACAAACAGGAGCUGCCUCACUGCCCUCUGCCCGGCUGCAAUGGCCUCGGCCACGCCAACAAUGUGUUUGCCACCCACAGAAGCUUGUCAGGAUGCCCUCUAAAUGCACAAAGUAUCAAGAAAAAGCACUCUGAAGAGGAGAUGAUGACCAUUAAACUGAAGGCUAGCAGUGGCAUUGAAAAAAAAGAGGGUGGUCAACACUUGGAUCACGACAUCGAGGAACUGAACGAAUCCAACAUGCAAAUGGAGGCGGACAUGAAACAGCUGCAAACGCAGCAGAUCUCAUCGAUGGAGUGCAACCUGAAGAGCAUCGAGGAGGAGAACAAGAUGAUGGAGCAACACAAUGACGGCCUCCUGAAGGAGCUGGCUCGCCUCAGCCAAGCGCUUAUCAGCAGCCUCACUGACAUCCAGCUGCCUCAAAUGGGGCCCAUCAGUGAGCACAACUUCGAAGCCUACGUGAACACGCUGACGGACAUGUAUAACAAGUCGCAGCGCGAGUACUCGCCCGAGUGCAAGGCCCUGCUGGAUAACAUCAAGAAGGCCAUCAAAGGUAUCCACGUUUGAGAUUUUUUGGGCGAGUCAUCGACGUCAAAGGCCGCAUUGAGAGACGGCUGCAUUUGUACUGCUUUUUACUUUUGUUUUUUUCAUCCUGCUGAGAUUUCCACUUCUCUUGCACUUCUUUUUCUUUCGAUGAUGGCUAUUUAUGAUGAUUAUUAUUGAUAUUCUAUUUGUCCAUCACUGUAUUUAUUAUUAUUAAUAUCAUUUAAUUCAUGUGUAUUUAUUUUUAGAGUUGUAAAUGGAUGAGAAGUCAAAAAAAAAAAUACAUUCCAAUUUUGUGGCACAAUUGUAUUACAGUUAGCUCUCCUUAAAAAAAAGUACUAGUACACCAAAAGUGAUCCUAUUUUUAUGAAGCUUUUGCUUUCUUUAUCGGAAUGUGAAUGUAUGCUAGAUAAGGUUACAUGUGAAAACAAUGCAAUGCCACUGUACUGUACCGUUCUUUUCUUUUUUUUCCUUUAAUUUAGACAGCAAAAUACAUGACAAAAAUCCACUUUUUUCCAUUAUCAUCAAAUAUAGUUAUAAAACUGCCUUCUGUGCGCACACACACACGUGAGGUGUGCAUGUCGUAUGUGCCUAAAUGUAUAUGGAUCCGUUUCAAACAUUAAAGAAACAACUACAACUAUGUUUUGUUUGUGCUAGGGCAGUAUUACGUGAAUGGCGUCUCAUUUAUUUACAUGAUACUUUUCAUAAUAGGAGGACAGACAUGUUCCUGAUGACUGUUUCUGUAUCUCAGUAGCUGAUUACAAGAUGGACACUGACGAUUAUUUAUUAUUUGAUCUUUUUUGCAAGCAUUGUGAGGUAAAAAAAACACAAAAAAAACCAAAAAAAACAA